AUGCUUCAAAACUUGACAAAUCUGGAGGUACUUUCUCUCUCUCAAGUCAUCAUCUCAUCUCCACUACCUGUGAACAUUUCUUCUUCCUUAAGGCACCUGGAUCUUAAACAUACUAAUCUGCUAGGUGUUCUCACAAAGAGUUCUUUCCUUAUACCAAACAGCUUGGAAACACUCAAAUUGAGUGGGAAUCUUCGUCUCGAAGGAGUUUUACCAAAGAGAAACACUCUGUUAACGGAGUUGGAUAUAUCGUACACAGGCAGAUUUAUCACACAACUACUUAAGCAACUCAGUUCCACAUUGCUUGGGAAGCAUGGGUUUACUAACGGCAUUGGACUUAAAAAGGAACAAUCUCACAAAGUCCUUGAUGUGGGGAACAAUGCUAUAAAUGACACGUUUCCAGCGUGGCUCGGAAUUCUUCAAGAGCUGCAGGUCCUUAUAUUAAAGUCAAACAAGUUCCAUGGACCUAUAAGUACGUGUCAUACUGAGUUUUGCUUUACCAAGUUGCGAAUUUUUGAUCUUUCUCGUAAUGAUUUCAGUGGCUCACUUCCUGCAAAAGUUUUUGGAAACUUCAAGGCAAUGAUCAAAUUAGAUGGUGAAGACAUAGGAAAUAUCAAGUACAUGACAUCUCUGUUGAAUUCGCCAUUUGUCACAUCGUAUGAGAAUUCAGUGAGUUUGGUUAUCAAAGGGCAGGAUUUGUAG